AUGACUGUCCUGAUCGCCGGGAGGGUCGUGCAAGGUUUCGGUGCGGGUGGAAUCAUGACUUUGGUGUACAUCCUGAUCGGUGAUCUUGUGAGUACCAAAGACCGAGGCACAUACCAAGGGUUGAUCGGUGCAACUUGGGCAGUGGCUAGCGCUCUUGGACCUGUCCUCGGAGGUGUAUUUGCUGAAAAAGUCACUUGGAGAUGGUGUUUCUUCAUUAACGUCCCCGUCUCUGUGCUCGCCUUCCUAGUGAUCGCGCUAUUCCUCCAUAUGACGCACCCACCGGUAGAGCUGUCCAAAGUCAUCCGCAACAUUGAUUACAUUGGCAUCACGGUGAUCGCUGGCUCAACAGCUCUGAUCCUCUUGGCUCUGCAGUGGGCAGAGCAAGGAGUAACAUGGUCCUCGAGCCGUCAAAUUGCUUUCCUGGUUCUGGGAGGGCUUGGGUUUGUGGUACUUCCUUUCGUCGAAGCGAGAGUACCAACUCCCAUCGUACCUCGAGUCUCUUUUCACACCAAACCAGAGUCGGAUCUUACGCAGCUUCGCUUUUGCAUACCAUUGUAUUUCCAAGCUGUCAAAGCUCAAACGCCUUCAACAGCUGGUGUAAGCAUCCUACCACUGGUGAUUUCUUUCACAAUCGCCAGCACGGGCAGUGGUUACCUGAUUACCUGGACUAGAAAGUGA